GAGCAGCCUACAUAAUAAUAUGUCUGGCCGAGGCAAAGGCGGGAAAGGCUUGGGCAAAGGCGGCGCUAAGCGCCACCGCAAAGUCCUGCGCGACAACAUCCAGGGCAUCACCAAGCCCGCCAUUCGCCGCCUGGCCCGGCGCGGAGGAGUGAAGCGCAUCUCCGGCCUCAUCUACGAGGAGACCCGCGGUGUGCUGAAGGUGUUCCUGGAGAACGUGAUCCGCGACGCCGUCACCUACACGGAGCACGCCAAGCGCAAGACCGUCACCGCCAUGGACGUGGUCUACGCACUCAAACGCCAGGGCCGUACCCUCUAUGGCUUCGGCGGCUAAGAAACAAAGUGAAAUUACAUGAAAGGAGAGAAACGACAAUCAAAGGCUUUGCUUCCACCCAACUUUUCUAUUAAAACAGUGUAUCUUCAGAAUUUCAGAGAAGAAUAAAACAAACUUUGUAAAGUCAAAAAUGAUAUAGUUUUGAAAACCGGCUUACUAACCUAUUGUUAAUAACAUUGGCACUUUAUUGAGAGUUUGGGAGUUAGAAAGCUUACUCCAAGACUAAUAAAAUAAACCUGAAGGUAGAAUCCAUCAUCACUCUAAACAAAAGAAAAGAAAGAGAAAAAAGUCCUGUUUAUAAGGGGCUCGAUGGGUGGUGCAGGUUUAUAAUCCAGAAUUUCAAAUAGCUGAGGCAGGAGCCCAGAGUUUGUUACACAACGAAUCCCAGCUACAUAACAAGAAAGAGCCUGUCUCAAAAACAAACAAAACCCUGGAUAGUAGAAACCUAGAAUACCUACUGAAGAAACAUGCAAAUAUUGUUUCUUUUUAGUGUCUCAUGAAAUUGAAAUGGGUAGUAUACUGCACCGGUGGUUUUUCCCACCAGCUACCUGAUUUCUGCCUAAGGGUUAUAAAGUCUGCUGUGGUUAAAAGUGAAGGGCCAGAAGAGAGAAAAUUGUACUUGUUGGGAAACACUAGAAAGCUCUCUUUACACCAUCCCGCCUUUACUUGUGAUAAAUGCCUUCUCCAAUUACCUCCACCUUUGCUCUUUGCUUUGAAAACCGUUUUCUUUACAUCCUUCUAGAUUGCUCCCAGCAUUUAAAAACAAAAAAAUACAUAGUAAUUAUUACCUCAUAGAUUUGUGUAAAGAUUAAAAAUGGGUUCAGAUACUACAGGCAUGUCUAUAUAAGUGCUUGAUAAUCACUCAAGAAGUGUUUAAAAUCAUUUUAUAUUUUUUAAGAAUAUUAAUGUAAAAAAAAGAAUAUUAAUGUAACAAGCAAUGUUCUAAUAAAGACUUGGAUGGAUAG